AUGAAUGAUAAGACACAGAGUGGCAACUUAUCAACAGUGUCUGAAUUUGUUCUUGUAGGCCUCUCUGAUGCUCCAGAAGUCUGUUUUCUUCUCUUUGUGCUCUUCUUGCUCAUUUAUUUAACCACCUUGGCAGGCAACAUCACAAUCCUUGUUGCCAUUAGCACAGACACUCAUCUGCACAACCCCAUGUACUUCUUCCUUGGCAACUUAUCCUUACUGGACAUCUUAUGUCCCACUGUCACCGUGCCUAAGAUGCUGGAGGCCUUGUUGCUGGAGAACAGGGUGAUUUCAUUCACUGGCUGCAUGUUCCAGUUGUUUUUCCUCAUUGAUGUUGUAGGCACAGAGAUUUUUCUCCUGGCUCUCAUGGCCUACGACCGAUACGUUGCAAUAUGUCACCCACUGCACUACAUGAAUAUCAUGAGCAUGAAACUCUGUGCUCACCUUGCCAUUGGCACCUGGGUGGUAGGAUUCUUAAAUUCCCUGUUGCACACCUCUAUGAUUUUUACACUCCCUUUUUGUGAGUCUAAUGCAAUUGAGCAGUAUUACUGUGAUAUUCCCCCUGUGCUGGCCCUCUCCUGCUCACCCACUUACAGCAGGGAGAUGGUGAUUCUUCUUGUUGCUGGGCUUCUGGGGAGCAGUGCUUUUGUGGUCACUCUGAUCUCCUACACCUACAUCCUCCUGGCUGUCCUGCACAUGAAGUCUCCUGAGAGCAGGCACAAAGCUUUCUCCACUUGUGGGUCUCACUUGGCAGCAGUGUGCCUUUUCUAUGGCACUACCAUUGGCACAUAUGCACUGCCUUCCUCCACCUACUCCCCUGCUCAGGGUAGGAUAGUUUCCAUGCUCUAUGGAAUCCUCACUCCCUUGUUGAACCCCUUAAUCUACAGUCUGAGGAACAAGGAAGUUAAAAAUGCCCUAACAAGACUCAUUGGCCAGGAAGGACACAGCAGGGACAGCUGA